UUUAGAGCUUUAUACAUCUGUUUGGUUGGUUGAUCAGUCCACCAUUAACCACGGAGUACAAUGCUAGCUUGCUUAGCAAGUCCUAAAAUUCAGAUAAUACUGCUUCUUCUCUUUGCCUGGGCAGAAAUCAUAAAGAGUGAUCAGAAUCAGACUGGACAGACUUCAUUUAAGCACCUUGAACAUGGGAAGGGAGAGAACUCACCAAGACUGGCGCAAGGAAUGAAAGCUUUGAACACAAAAAGAAAAGGAGAGAAAGGAAACAGUACGUUCAAGACCAAGAGUGGCCCUAAACCAUUCCAAGAAAUGCCAGUUGUGUUCCUGAUAGAGUUGGUCCUGGUUCUGGUCGGGAACCUCUGCACCUGGAUGAUCAGAAACUAUAAAAACUCAAUUCCUUUCGUGAGGCUCAACAUGAUCAUUCUGGUCUACCAUUACCUAGUGGAGAUAGGAAACAUUGCUUUAACAUUUCAGGGAUGCAUAAUGAUGUUCCGGUCUCUCAUCGCUCAUGUUCCUAUGCUGGUUGCCUUUUCAGCCAGCUUCUUGACAAACUACGUUGCUCUCAUCAUGGCUGCUCUAAUAGUGGAGAUGUCUGUACUUCGGGUUCUAGCGGUCGUUAGUUUUGGAAGGUUUUUUGGUUUUGAUCCGGUUUUAACCUCACAACUGAUGAUGUUUUUCACCUCAAUCCUUUAUCUACCUUUGAUAAUUUGGCUUCACUCCCACCAGCUUAGCAUUAAAUAUGUUUCUCCAAUGGAGUCCUAUCUCACCGGAACAGUAGCGACUGUUGGAACUAAUAAGAUUUUUAUUGUCCAUGGUGUACAAGUAGUCAUUCUUCUUCUGGUCUUCACUAUCUCCUACAUGUACAUAAAGUACUACCUGGACAGAAAACAUAGCAUUGAGGUCACUAUGGCAGAGAAGGCCUCACCCUCAAUGGAUAUUUUUUCUCUAACCGCGCUGAUGGUGGUCGCAGUUUUCCAGUUGACUUCAAUCUUAGUGAUUAUUUACUUUCAAAAACAACAGAAAACAUUCCCGAUUGGUGCAAUAGUUACCAGCCUGGUAUUCACCAUACCCAACUUCUACUUCGCCAGUAAAUGCUAUGUUCUGGAAUAUAAUCUUCUAGCGCUAAGAAGAUUUUGGAACAACAAUCAUAUAAAUGUUCCAGCUGUAAAGAUUCCUGAAAGAAACCCUGAGACAAGGCCAAACCAAAUUGAUGUUGCCAGAACUUUCAGUUCAAAUAUAGUUGCGGGGACAGACUACUCCGAGGCGAUGCAUGUAGAUAGGGAGGGCGGAUCUGAUCUUGACCAAGUUGGGAAACACGAGAGCUACAGAUCUUCCAGCAGAGAAAACUAGUAGAGAACAUGGCCUAGGCUGGAUUUCGG